GCCAACCACUAAAAGGCAUUCCGGAGAUAGCCGAGAAUUUCCGUUCGCAUCCGAAGCACUCACCGGAAGUUGCCGAACUCCCAGAAAAGGCGCUGUUGCGGCCUACUGCGUGAGGAGGAGCUGAGCUAGCAGGCGCUACCACCGUACAACCGUAGCUAGGCCGGGCCAAGGGACGUCCUCUUUCCUUCUCCGCAACCAUGUCGGACUUCGACGAGUUCGAGCGGCAACUAAAUGAAAACAAACAAGAACGUGAUAAAGAGAAUCGUCAUCGUAAACGCAGCCACAGUCGUUCACGGAGUCGGGACAGGAAACGUCGCAGUCGUAGUCGGGACAGGCGCAACAGGGAUCAGCGCAGUGUUUCACGAGAUCGCAGGAGGCGCAGAUCUCCUCUGAGCCUGUCAGGUCCUCUAAGUCGUUCUCCUCGGCAUGAGAAGAAGAAGAAAAUUCGCAAGUAUUGGGAUGUCCCUCCUCCAGGUUUUGAGCACAUUACACCCAUGCAGUAUAAAGCCAUGCAGGCUGCGGGACAAAUUCCAGCUACAGCUCUACUACCAACUAUGACUCCAGAUGGGCUGGCCGUAACACCUACACCUGUGCCUGUAGUCGGCAGCCAAAUGACACGACAAGCUCGUCGUCUCUAUGUUGGGAAUAUCCCUUUUGGAAUAACCGAGGAAGCAAUGAUGGAUUUCUUCAAUGCGCAGAUGCGCCUUGGUGGUCUUACUCAGGCUCCUGGUAAUCCUGUCUUGGCUGUGCAAAUUAACCAGGACAAGAACUUUGCUUUUCUAGAGUUCCGUUCUGUGGAUGAAACUACACAGGCCAUGGCUUUUGAUGGGAUCAUUUUCCAGGGACAGUCACUGAAGAUCAGACGCCCCCAUGAUUAUCAACCGCUUCCUGGCAUGUCUGAAAACCCAUCAGUUUAUGUGCCAGGUGUCGUUUCCACAGUGGUCCCAGAUUCUGCUCAUAAACUGUUCAUUGGGGGUCUGCCAAACUAUCUUAAUGAUGAUCAGGUCAAGGAGUUGCUCACUUCCUUUGGGCCCCUGAAGGCUUUCAACCUGGUGAAGGACAGUGCCACUGGCCUUUCGAAAGGUUAUGCCUUCUGUGAAUAUGUGGACAUCAAUGUCACAGACCAGGCCAUCGCGGGGUUGAACGGCAUGCAAUUGGGUGACAAGAAGCUUUUGGUGCAGAGAGCCAGCGUAGGAGCCAAGAAUGCUACCCUGAGUACAAUAAACCAGACCCCAGUGACCCUGCAGGUACCGGGUCUAAUGAGUUCCCAGGUACAGAUGGGCGGUCAUCCAACUGAGGUGCUGUGCCUCAUGAAUAUGGUAUUACCUGAGGAGCUCCUGGAUGAUGAGGAAUAUGAAGAGAUUGUUGAAGAUGUCCGUGAUGAGUGUAGCAAGUAUGGUGUUGUCAAAUCCAUUGAAAUCCCCCGGCCUGUUGAUGGAGUUGAGGUGCCUGGCUGUGGAAAGAUAUUUGUGGAGUUCACAUCUGUCUUCGACUGUCAGAAGGCCAUGCAAGGCCUCACUGGACGCAAGUUUGCAAACCGGGUCGUUGUGACCAAGUACUGCGAUCCUGAUUCUUAUCACCGCCGAGACUUCUGGUAGCCCAGCCCUUGAACCAGUCUUGAGGGGGUUUUGUGGAAGCAGGGGCAAUUCGCUGGCCAGAGAGGCUCCUUUAGCAGCAUAGCCUGUUUAUAUUUUAUGGCCAAAAUCUGUAUUUCUCCCCCCGCCUUUCCAUUUAUCCCAGUUCCUUCCUUUUCCAAACGACCAUCAGUCCACCCACCCAUGCCUCCUCUGGUUACCCAAUGAUGGUUACUCUGUAGUAAAAUGUUGUCUCUUAUCCAUAUUUCCCCUCCUCCUUUCUCUGUGAUGUUUCAGAUUUUUUUGCUAAACGGAGUUUUGCUGUCAAAACAGUGGGUCUGUUUUUGUUGUAUUUUCCUUUCUUCUACGCUGUGUGUAUGGACAACUAUUUCUCUAGUGUUGUCUCUCAUAAUUAAAAAUUUUUUUUUCCAAUUCCCUGGUGUCAUUGGGGCAACUUCCUCAAUUUUAAAUCCGAUUGUAAACAAAGAUAGUUUAAUAUGCUUUUCAAAGGGAAAUUUAUCAACAAAGAUGCUAACAGUAUCAAAACCUAUCAGUAAAUCUUACAUAAUAAUGGUUAUUGGGAUCAGGAUUUGUCGCUAAAUGCAGUAAAAUUCAAUGUCACAUGAUUGCCACUUUAGUUCUGGCAUUAAGAAUAACAUAAGGUAAUUACCAUUUGUAACUUCCUGCUGGAUUCCCUAUUGACUUUGUCAGAAGCUGGCAGAGAAGAUUGCAAAUGGCAAUCAUAUUAUCAUAGGAUGUUGCAAUGUCAUAAUUGCAAGCCAGACACCAAGCACCUGGAUCAUAUAAGCACAUGAUCAAGAGGAUAUGCUGAUGGCUGCAAUUAUGAGAACCAAUUGGAAGUAUGUGCAACUUUGGUCCUGAACAAAUGAUCAUUAAAGGAGAAUUACCUGUAUAAGUGUAACGCUGAUUGAAUCUUAAGAACAGAAGAUAGAAAUUACUUUUAAGUAUAACAACUUCUGCCAGAAGAAUUCUGCACAUUGCUUUUGUGAUGGAGAAAUUGGCAAAUCUGUGAUUACAGAUUUCUCAGAUGGUGUUUUUGUGGGACUAUGUUUGGGUGCAAUAGCUUGUAUUCCUUAGAUCAAUGUAGUGUUGUAUUUGUAGAGGGUGUUUCACACAGGCAUCAGUUCCAUUGGUUUAAAGUGCAGGAGGCUGAGUUUUUUGGUAACCUUAAGCAGAAUAAAAUGCCAGUACGUGGUACUCUGGAUCUAUAAACUU